UCGGGAGGGCCUGGGCAGCCGGGAGGGAGGGUCGGCGUCACAGGUCCUGAUAGGGAAGAAGUAGGCAGGUCCUGGCAGGGGAGAGUAGUGGUGGCGGCAGCUAGCGUACAGGUGGCUCCAGAGGGAUGGAGUCUCGAGUCUCCGACGCUCUGGCCAGCGAGUCUGAGCGCGCCUCCGGAGAGGACAGAACACGCGGCGGCGCGGCUCCUGGGCGCGCAGGCUCCUCGUCCUUAGGAGCCACCCGAUGGAAGCUCUUGCGGCAGGUUCUGAAGCAGAAACACCUGGAUGAUUGUCUGCGACAUGUAUCUGUAAGAAGAUUUGAAUCAUUCAAUCUGUUUUCAGUAACAGACGACACGAAAAGGGAAGCCGAAGAGGAAUUUGGUGCAUGGGUCCAGUACACAAGUGUCUUCUACCCAGAACACAGUAUUUCCUUAAGGCAUAACAGUGGAUCUUUGAAUAUUGAAGAUGUUCUUACCAGCUUUGACAAUACAGGGAAUGUUUGCAUCUGGCCGGCCGAAGAGGUUUUGGCUUACUACUGCCUCAGGCACCGCGACGUAUUCAGGGACCUUGCUGUGUGUGAGCUAGGGGGUGGCAUGACAUGCUUGGCUGGGCUCAUGGUUGCUAUUUCUGCAGAUGUCAAAGAAGUUCUGUUAACUGAUGGGAAUGAAAAGGCCAUCAGAAAUGUGAGAGACAUCAUCGAAAGGAAUCAGAAGGCUGGUGUGUUUAAGGCUCGGAAAAUAUCAAGCUGCGUUUUACGAUGGGAUAAUGAGACAGAUGUCUCUCAACUGGAAGGACAUUUUGACAUGGUUAUGUGUGCUGACUGCCUGUUUCUGGACCAGUUCAGAGCCAGCCUUGUUGAUGCAAUAAAGAGAUUACUCCAGCCCAGGGGGAAAGCAAUGGUAUUCGCCCCACGCCGAGGGACCACUUUAAACCAGUUUUGCAAUCUAGCUGAAAAAGCUGGUUUCUCUAUCCAAAGACAUGAAAAUUAUGAUGAACACAUUUCAAACUUCCACUCCAAGUUGCAAAAGGAAAACCAGGAUAUAUAUGACGAAAACCUUCAUUACCCACUUCUUCUUAUUUUAACCAAAAGUGGAUAGAAGAUUUAGCUGCUCAAAAGAUGAAGAAAACACCGAGUGCACAGGGGACAUUUUACAAAAACAGAAAUCUGGAAUGGGUAAUGCUACAACAUGCAGCAAGCCAUUGAUUGGCUCCCUGAGACUCUCUGGCCCCCGGGGCUUGGGCCCCCACCACCUUCGAGACAUUCCACACGUGGGUUAUGGAGUCCCCCAGUCCUCACCCGCACUACUUCCCAGCCGCCCCUUACCCUGCUUUUUUUCAGUCUGCUUGUUGCUCUUCCUGCACCAAAUCUUUGUCUGUCCUUAAAUAUCUGUAAACAGCCUGUCUGAGAUUCGAAUUGGACUUGUGAGCAACCUACAAAUGUUUACCUCUAGUUGAGGCAAAAUUUCUUUUUGUGAUCGCCACAAAAAAUAUCUUGGUCUUUGUUCCAUUUUUGGUGGCAGUAGUUUUUAAUCUGUAAAACAGCAAAAUGACGAUUCUAUCCUGGUUAGUAAAAAUAAAACAUACUUCAUUCUGA